CUGGUAAGCAAAUCUAAACAAUAUGGCGGAAUCAGCCGAAGAAAGCGAUUUACUGAGAAUAACACCAUUAGGAGCUGGUCAGGAAGUGGGAAGAUCAUGUCAUAUACUGGAGUUUAAAGGCAAGAAAGUUUUGUUGGAUUUUGGAAUUCAUCCUGGAUACAAUGGCCUUGAUAGUUUGCCAUUUGUUGAUGAGAUUAAUGCAGAAGAAAUUGAUUUAUUGCUCAUUAGCCAUUUUCAUUUGGAUCAUUGUGGUGGUUUGCCAUGGUUCCUGGAAAAGACUACCUUCAAGGGACGUGUAUUUAUGACGCAUCCUACCAAGGCUAUUUAUAGAUGGCUAUUGUCUGAUUUUGUUAAAGUUAGUAAUAUGACUGCGGAACAGAUGUUAUUCACUGAGAAGGACCUCGAAAAAAGCAUGGAUAAAAUUGAGACAGUCCAUUUUCACGAGGAGAAAGAAGUGAAUGGUAUUAAAUUUUGGUGUUAUCACGCAGGGCAUGUGUUAGGGGCGUCCAUGUUUAUGAUCGAGAUUGCAGGGGUUAAGAUAUUAUAUACAGGAGAUUUCUCACGCGAGGAAGACAGGCAUUUAAUGGCCGCAGAGAUACCAAAUGUUACUCCCGAUGUUCUUAUUACUGAAUCUACAUACGGCACGCAUGUUCAUGAACCAAGAAGUGACCGAGAAACAAGGUUCACGAAUACCGUUCAUGAUAUCGUCAAUCGUGGAGGACGAUGUUUGAUUCCUGUGUUCGCCCUGGGAAGAGCUCAAGAACUAUUGUUAAUCUUAGAUGAAUAUUGGCAAAAUCAUCCUGAACUUCAUGACAUUCCUAUCUACUAUGCUUCAUCGUUGGCUAAAAAAUGCAUGUCAGUUUAUCAAACGUAUAUUGAAGCAAUGAACGAAAGAAUACGAAAACAGAUUUCAAUAUCCAACCCGUUUGUCUUCAAACACAUUUCAAAUUUAAAGAGCAUGGAGCAGUUUGACGAUAUAGGUCCUUCGGUAGUCAUGGCAAGUCCUGGUAUGAUGCAGAGUGGUUUGUCACGCGAGCUGUUUGAACUGUGGUGUGCAGAUCGUAGGAAUGGUGUGAUAAUUGCUGGCUACUGUGUCGAAGGGACCUUGGCAAAAACUCUUAUGACCGAACCAGAAGAGGUUCCAACUAUGUCUGGACAGAAACUUCCGAGAAAAUGUUCCGUAGAUUACAUAUCAUUCUCGGCGCAUACGGAUUACGAACAAACAAGCGAGUUUAUUAGAAUACUUGAACCACCGCAUAUUGUACUAGUCCAUGGCGAACACACGGAGAUGGGUCGUCUGAAAGCUGCCAUAAUUCGAGAGUAUGAAGAUAAGGGAACCCAUAUUGAUGUAUAUAAUCCCGCAAACUGUCAGAGUGUAGAACUGUAUUUUAGAGGAGAGAAGAUGGCGAAGGUGAUGGGUUCAUUGGCAUCAGAGCCACCUUCACAUGGAAAGAAAAUUUCUGGAUUGCUUAUUAAACGUGGCUUCAAUAAUUAUCACUUGAUUGCUCCUGGUGAUCUACCAAACUACACAGACCUAGCUACGAGCACUGUUAGUCAGAGGCAGAUUGUUUCAUACCAUGGAACAUUCUCAUUACUUCACCAUUGCUUGCAACAACUCACUGGAGAUAUAGAACAGUUCAAUAUUCAAGGAAAAUCAGCUCUAAAAGUAUUUAACGCUGUUACUCUCACACAGGGAAAAGAUUCUGUUACCAUCGAGUGGGUGGCCAAUGCAGUGAACGAUAUGUAUGCUGAUGCUGUUUUGACUGUGGUUUUGCAAGUAGAGUCUAAUCCUGCUGCUGUGCAAUUAACAAGUUGUAAGAGAGGCGAAACUGGUGUUUUCAAGCAAAGAUUGGUGAAACUGUUGAAAGAAACGUAUGGACAUGAUAAUGUGGCUGCACGAGCAGAUCAAAUCUCUAUUCGACUAGAAGAGAACAGUGCGGCUUUGAUAAACGCGAAUACUAAGGAAAUAAAAUGUGAAGAUGAGUUCGUUCAUGGCAACUUGGUAGCGAUGGUAAAUAGACUAUCCAGAGUUUGUGGUGUAUGAUGUUCUCCAAUCACUCUCAUAGUAUGUAUCGAAUAGCAUGUAUAUUGCUGUUUUAUAGCAGAUUACUGGGGGUAUAAUUUGCAGGGGGAAGCUUCUAACUUGAGGUUGGUAUGUAAAUAAGCAUUCCAACCGAGGUUGCAACAAGUAGUUGUUAAGUAGACUCAGUAAUGUAAACAAAUGCCUUGUUUACAUGACGCAUUUUCUAAGAUAUGAUAUUACUGUCGGUAUGUCUGAUGAAAUAUUGCUGGGGCUUUUGCCAUGAACAAGGAUGCAAUCCUAAGCCAGGUAAUCCCGAAUGGCGGGAAAAGACUGGGACUAGUUGUAAAAUAAAAGUCCAUCUCUCGAUCGAAAUAUACUUAAUUUAAGUUUUGAAUUUAUAUCAGGCUAUAGUUCUUAUAACUAAAAAUAAUCACAAAAUUUCUACUAAUUUCAUAAAGAUUAACAAAAGAUAUCAUCUUUCUGAGCGCUGAUUGGCUAAAAAUUGAGCGCGAAAUUGCCUGGCCUAAUAUGGAUAUGAU